GGGGUGCGCUUUGUGAUGCUGUGAUUCUGGACACUCAGUCGACUCGGUCGGUGUGCUCAUCGAGUUAAGUCAGCUGUUCGCGUCGUCACGGGGAGCAUCCCUAAGUUCAGUGACUUUGUCGCUUUAUUGUAUGCUACUUGGCCGACUUCUCUGCCUGCAUUGCGUUCUCGAGCUGCGAUCUGAGCUACAGUCGUCUUGCAGCACGCACUCUUCUGCGGUAGCUGCAGAGGUGGUGCGAGAUGCGACGAUGACAAGCAUGGGCAUGACGAAGGAAAACGGCAACUCCGCUGCCAACGGGCCAGCCACUGCAGCUUUUGCCGGUUCUGAACGACCACUGACAUCAAAAUGCAACGGCGCGUCGUCGAAAGAGGCAGCGCCGCCAGUUCUGUACUACGGGAUUGCCCUCGGAGCAGGCACGACAACAUGCGAUGACGAUGAACUGCCACUCGUCUUCGCGGACCGUACCUUGGCGCUGCGGUGCGUCAAGAAGUAUCGCGGAGCGCGGUUCAAGACCUUCUCAUCGAGGGAGGAAGCUGCACAGUUUAGUAUGCAACUUGCAGCGGUUCCCGUGGAGACCUCAGAAGUGCCCGCAGUCCUAAUGGGCGAGAAAAGCAGUCCAUACAGAGGUCCAAAGUCUCAAGACCUGGUUUUGUUUCGGAAGAUGAUCGAAGCCGGCAACGCCGCGGCUUUCCAGCAGACGGUCUGGUCCAAUCCACGUUACCUCGUCAGUGGUGGCGACACUCCGACCAUCGUUCAGGAGGGCUUUCGCUACAACGCGUUGCACGUGGCUUCGAUGAAGGGCCAGUCCAUCCUGGUGCAACUGAUUCUGGAGACGCUGCAAGACCUCAGGUUGCUGGAGCUCCUGUACACCGAUGACGCUCCGGACGUUCGUCUUCGACGCAUGGCCUACAUUCUGGACCUGUACCUGAACACGCCCGACAAAGGGCGCUGCGAGACUCCGCUGCAUUUCGCCUGCAAGUUUGGCCACAUUGGGGCCGUGGAACUCCUGCUGGCCCAACCCCUGUGCGACCGCAACGCACUGAACAAGUUUGGACAGACUGCUCGACAGAUGAUCUGCGAGAGGAAAACGGAUGCAGGCGCACAGGUCAAGAAACGGAUGGACAAUCUGUUCGAAGACCACUUCAUCGUGCCGAUCAUUCGCUCCGAAGACAACUCUGUGCCUGCCCUGGUCGGAGAACCUUUUUCACCCGAGGCCCCACCCAUGGGCAUUCGUUUCAUGCUGGAGGGCACAAGCCCAGCUGGAACGAGUUUAGGUACCACGAGCCCUGGUGACAGGGGUGCACAGGUCAGCUUCGCAGCCCUGAGCCCGAUCCUCGAGAGCAGGAGCCCUGGCAGUGUGGAUAUGAGCCCAUUCCUUAACGUCAGGAAUGCAAGGGAUGCACCCAUGUCCAUCGUGGCAGCUGCUGGUCCCAUGUCUCCGACCGAGGCACAGACGAUGUAUCACCAGUACAAGACUCGGCUCGGCAGCUGCCACUCCCUGAUCCAGACGGGCAUGAGCCCAAGUGCCAGUGGUCCGAGUCGUAGUGUCAUGGAUGUCAGCCCUGUCCACUUGCGGCGUGCAGACUCCGAAAAAGGCCUGGAAUGCGUCGGUCGGAGCAUCGCCAGAGACCUGCAGGUGCCGUGGACGGAGUACUGGCCGUUUCUCGGCUGCUGGUGCAACCUGGCAACUCCCGAGGGGCUGGAAAAGCUGGAGAACCACCUGCGAGCCAGAAGGCUGCAGGUCCUGACGGAGUGGCGCUCCAGGGAGAGGAACUCUCCAUCACCCGUCUCCGAGGAGGGGGGCAGCCAGAGUCCGCUGAGCCAGCUGUGUCGCGCUCUGGACGGGCUGGACCUGGAGUCACCACGCCAGUCGGCAAGGCAUCCCAGCCCACCUCGCUUUCCCAAGACCCGCAACAUGGAAGGAAAAGCAAACCCCGCUUUCGCAGGGAGAGGCCAUGCAAAUGGCGACACAGAGUCGAGGUCGGAGUCCGCAGACGACAGCGACCUUCCCAUGGCGGCACAGCGUUUGUCCCGGGUGCUCUACGAUUGGGCCCUGUCCCAUGACGAGGGGCCUGGCCCUGAAGCAGAUCUGAGCAGCCAACUGGUAGACCAGGUUCUCAAAGAGCUCGACCAGUUGGAACAGGCACAGGGACCAUCGCAGCUCAGCCGCCUGCACCCCGAGCUGGCGAAGCAGGUGUGGGCUUCGCUGCGCCUCAGUCUGGUGAGCCACGAGCGACUGGGGCUCUGCCGUGGUCUCCGGUCGCAGCUGUCCCUCUGGUCGCUGGUCCCUUCGCCCUCCUCGACGGACGACGAGAACGACGAUGGCGCCAGGGCAGACGACUGGCGUUGCCGCAAGCCAUCCAAGCGGCGGCACGGCAGGGCCCUGAGGAGGCACCUGCAGUGCGUGCUCCAGUGCCUCUUCACUCUCGUCGACUCCGACGAGGAUUCUGGUCCGGCACGCUGCUGCUGCACCUGGUCUCGGCUCGUGGCGGACCGUAAGGCUUCUUAUCCGGAUCGGACAUCUUCCACGGACGGCGACGAGGACCGUUUCUUCACCCCGCCCACCAGUCCGUGCUCUUCGAGCGACAGCUGCUCGCAGGCAGGCACGCCAGAAGAAGGGCCUACCGUUUUCUUGCAAGGGUCUCAGCCAAGCAAGGUGGACAUGGACGUGGUCAGGGCCCUGGAGCCUUACCUGUUGGAGCACGAGGUCCCGGACCCCGAAGUGUACCCCUGCACUCAUCAGUGGUUGCAGCUGGUCCUCUCCCACCCCGCAGAGACAAUGUCCAGUUGGCCAAGUCCCUAUGCAGCGAGGUACAGAAGCCGUCAUAACCUGGGACUGCCGACCAACUCACCGCAGACAACGAGCAACGGCAGUGCUUCUCCUACUUUGGAUCGAACACCACUCAGAGACGGUCCGAAAGCGAUGCGUCCCAAGUCGCUCUGGAACACUUCCCUCGGACGUCUGGGUCCCUUGUGACAACGUCGCCCGGCUGCGCCGAGUCUGCAUGUUUGCAUGUUUGUUUGCCUAGUUCUUAGUUUGUAUGUUUUCUCGUUUCUGGAAAAUGUUCCUUUCGUUCGUUUGUUUGCUUGUUUUCUGUGCAAGUCAUUUCUCAGAAAUUUUUAUAUUUUUAAUCGACAAGUGCAGUUAGAGACCUGCCCGCAUCAAUCCCCGCUUCCUCUUGACUCUUUCCCGAUUACGGGAAAAGUAGAAAGUUUUAAAGGAUCCGUGGAAAUGCUUUUAUUUUCCUAACUAACUUACAUAUGGAGCAACAUGAUGCGUCAAAAUUUGCUUAAUUAGUUGUUCUUUGAAAAGAAACGGAGGCGAUUACGGGAAAAGUAGAAAGUUUUAAAGGAUCCGUGGAAAUGCUUUUAUUUUCCUAACUAACUUACAUAUGGAGCAACAUGAUGCGUCAAAAUUUGCUUAAUUAGUUGUUCUUUGAAAAGAAACGGAGGCGAUUACGGGAAAAGUAGAAAGUUUUAAAGGAUCCGUGGAAAUGCUUUUAUUUUCCUAACUAACUUACAUAUGGAGCAACAUGAUGCGUCAAAAUUUGCUUAAUUAGUUGUUCUUUGAAAAGAAACGGAGGCGAUUACGGGAAAAGUAGAAAGUUUUAAAGGAUCCGUGGAAAUGCUUUUAUUUUCCUAACUAACUUACAUAUGGAGCAACAUGAUGCGUCAAAAUUUGCUUAAUUAGUUGUUCUUUGAAAAGAAACGGAGGCGAUUACGGGAAAAGUAGAAAGUUUUAAAGGAUCCGUGGAAAUGCUUUUAUUUUCCUAACUAACUUACAUAUGGAGCAACAUGAUGCGUCAAAAUUUGCUUAAUUAGUUGUUCUUUGAAAAGAAACGGAGGCGAUUACGGGAAAAGUAGAAAGUUUUAAAGGAUCCGUGGAAAUGCUUUUAUUUUCCUAACUAACUUGCAUAUGGAGCAACAUGAUGCGUCAAAAUUUGCUUAAUUAGUUGUUCUUUGAAAAGAAACGGAGGCGAUUACGGGAAAAGUAGAAAGUUUUAAAGGAUCCGUGGAAAUGCUUUUAUUUUCCUAACUAACUUACAUAUGGAGCAACAUGAUGCGUCAAAAUUUGCUUAAUUAGUUGUUCUUUGAAAAGAAACGGAGGCGAUUACGGGAAAAGUAGAAAGUUUUAAAGGAUCCGUGGAAAUGCUUUUAUUUUCCUAACUAACUUACAUAUGGAGCAACAUGAUGCGUCAAAAUUUGCUUAAUUAGUUGUUCUUUGAAAAGAAACGGAGGUUAAUAUGUGGGAAAAAGAUUUUCAAUUUAUUUCUUGAAAAUACAAUGUUUGUGCGAAUGACUUAUAAACACCGAAACUUCUACAGCCGCCUUCCUUUUAGUGUUUGUAUACGCAGCUGCGAAGUGCAGUUGCAGCUGAAGGAAUCGCGGGAGACUUCGGUGUGCCUGUGAGAAUGUAGGGGGUGCAAUCACAGACGCUAAAUGGCAGGACGCCUCCAAGCUGAUGAUUUUGUUCUUGCAGUUUGUUGACUCUCCUAACUCUUGGUUUGUCUUUGUGUGUGUGCGUGUGUGAAAAUUUUACCUUUUAUGGCUGUUUAGUAAUUUAUUGGUUGGCUGCUGCGUGACCUGCAUGUAUGCAUACAAAAACUCAAGUCUUCCAACCAUGCUAUUUUGAUGCUGUUCUUUCUCUCUCUAAGACCAAUGCACAAAUGAAGAGGGGAAAAAAAAUUAAUCUGGGACCUUCUGUGUUCAGAUGAGGAAGAUGUGAGAGGGUCUUUCAGCUGGGCUCAAAACUUUCCUUCAUUCGUCGGAUACGUCGAGCAAAGAUGCUCUGUUUUCGGUACCACUGACAACUUUCUAAAAAGUGCUGUCCAUAUUGGAAGGGCAACUGCAGCAGAAUGUUUGUCCCACUUGUUUACACACCAUGUACCUUGAAUAUUUAAAAAGUGUUUAAUGCCCAUGUGCUGGCCCAUACAAGGAUCUGAUUGAGGCAGAAAAGGUCCUGUCUGAAAUCCUCUUGCUAGGAUUGCCUUGUCCCCAUGUAGUCGUUUUGUUUCAAUUUGUGGCCUUGCAGCCUUCUGUUGCCUAGAAGAAUGUAUGUUCAUGCAACUUUCUCUGAACAUUUUGACCAUCUGGUCCCCAUGUUAUGUCGUAAAAACAAAAUUUCUUUGCUUUCCUGAAAAAAUUAGAGUCCCAAGAAGUGAACAGAAAUUUCUUCUUCCUCAACUUUCUUAGAAAUGUAAUUCAAGGUUUACUGGCACUUGCAUAUUGGCAAGCUGAAAGUUGUGUCCUUCCUUGUCCAGGAUGUCCAUUUCAAUCGUCUUGCAAAUGCAAGAAUGUUCGAGCAUCUUUUUAUUGAGCCAAGCAUGCGUUGAGAGCUGCAGCGGGAUUAACUUAUGAACGAGUUUGUGGAGAAAGUUUGGAAAGUAAAUUGCUGGCUGCUGAGGAGUUUGGACAAUGAGAAUCAGCGGCUUAGGUGUGGUGGUGGGGGUUCAGAGAUUCCCCCCCUCCCCCACCCCCACCCCACCCUCUCUAUUAUAAGGAUUUCAACCACCUUCCGAAGAAGUUAUUGACUACACCACUGUUGUGAAUGCUUCACUUGGAUUUGAUGGCAUGCUGUGAAGAAAUGAAACUUGUUUUCUACCAGACCUGGGCUGACGCCUGUGUUAUAGUAUUUUUGCAUAAUGAGACUUAGUGCUUGAUCUAGGAUUGAAGUUGUCUCGUAGAGUAGGAGGAAACCCCCCCCCCCCCCCCCCACCACCCCCCCUCUCUUGGGGGGUGGAAAUAGUUUUGCUGCAACCUCAACAUUGUCAGAUUGCGAGCGAUGUUGGAUAUGCAUGUUGUCAUCUUUUUGUUUGUAUUUGAGGUUGGAAAACACUGCUGAGCAUCGAACAAUAGAUGGAAAUAAAAAUUUUAAUUUAUA